GCAAAGCCCUCCAGCGAGCUUCCCUCUGCAGAGCAUUUGUACUUUUUGUGGGUGUCACUAGGCUACUGGCACUUGCUGAAGUUCAUGCGGGAGCAGGACGUGAUCACUGACUUCACCUGGCAUGGCAUCCAGAGAUUGAACCAGGCGGCCCUUGAGUUCGUUUUCGUCGUGGGCUUGUCAGCAUACGUGUCCGAGACCUUUCUGCUGCACGUUCUGAAAGAUGGUCGGGUGGCUCGCAUCCAGGAGAAGCUACAGACUGCUCUGUUUGACGAGUUUGAUUUCUUGGGUUACUUGCCAACACCCGUCUGGGAGUUGUUGGCUAGAGGUGCGAACAUGCCAGCAAAUGAUCUUCGCAACAAGGUCGUCGCCGGCGGUUUGAUUUCUUGGGCAUUUCUGGAAUCCAAGGUUUUGGUCGUGGCUGCAAGUUUGCCCUGGCGACUGUGCAAGGGUGAUAUUGCAGCAAACAUCAGCGAUUUGCUGCAGGCAGCCGAACCUCCUGAAGACACGGUUGCAUCCAAGAUAUUUCACUUGGGGUCUGCGGGCUUCAAUCGCCUGCGUUUGCAACGGGCCGUCGGUUUGUUGGGCUCGUGCUCGUGGACCUCGGCGCUGACGGAGCGACAGCAUGCAUCGACCAGCCUUGUGAAGAAGUAUCACCCAGACAUCGGAAGCAAGCUCCUUACUGCCAGGGCGUAUCUUCACACAUUCCUGCAGUUGCUUCCGGGACAGACUGCCGCGGACAAACGCAAGGUACAGCUCAAGCAGAGAUUGGAGCGGUUCUUUCACUACAAUCCAAACCGCAUAACUGGACGGCAGCUCUACCUGGCUCAGAUCAUGCACAAGGCCACUAUUCGUGAAGAGCAAAGGAAUCAGAAGUUUAAGCGACGAAAAAUCAUGCAACUGCACGGGGCCCAAUGGAAGCAGCUGUCUUCGGAAACGCAGCAAAACUACGAGCGCAGAGCUCGUGUCGAGCGCAGCGCUGCGCUCCAGCGCCGGCAGGGGGAGAUGGAAGCUGUGCAGACUGAGCUUCUGGAAGUGGCUCGCGAGGCCAAGUCAGCAACCGCAGACACAGGCUCCAUGUUGCUCAGCGCAUGCCGUUUGGAUCACACUGAUCUGCGGAGACUGCAAGAUCUUGCCGGGCACUCUCAGCGGGACAUCGCUCCCUCCAAGGCCAAAGCUCAGGAUGCAGCAGCGUGCCCUUUGCCAGUCUCUGCGGCCGAGAUGGAAGAACUUCGCAGAAACUCUGAGAUAGACGGCGCCCUGCAGGAGGACUUCCCGGAAAUGUUCCGUGUUCUUUGUCGCUUGCGAGAUCACUUCAGCACCGCGGUUUUUCAGGUGUCCAACGAAGGUGGCAUGGAGUUCUAUCGGUUUUUGUUCGCGAUGCAGAGCCCUUACAAGGCAUUCUUCUUGCAGCUUCAGCUGCAGGAACUCGUGGAUCGUGGCAUUUCGUGCAGCACAGCAUCUGUUGAUGAGCAAUGGUUUCAGGAUGUUCCCUGGUGCUGGACUUUCGUGCCCGGAAACUUUGCGACUGCAAAUAUUUUCAGGCAUGCCUCUAUGGACUCCGUCGGUGUGAUCAUGCACACGAUGUUCGCUGGCCGCAGCAUUGUGCAGUCCCGCGACGUCCUUCAGCCACUAGAACCUAUCGUGAAGGCACUCUUGCUCGACCUACCCCCUCGUGCUACCAGCAGUGCUGCAGUGUCGCCAACUGGAACCAAAAGGGCUGCAGAGCCGGAAGUCCUGCGCAAGCAUCCCUGGUUGGCGUCUGUGUUGAGCUCAAGCUCGACGGCAUCGGCGGCUUCAGGUGCUUCCGGAUGCAGCAACAUCGGCACUCAGCCUCCAGAAGACAAUGAUGACGACGAGAAGUACACUGCUGUUUUCGAAAAGCUAGAAGCACAAAGACAGGGAGUACUGGAGGAUGACGUUACAGACGAAGACCUCUUCCGCACUUCCGUUCUCGGUGGACAAUGGCAAAUGCAGCGGGUUGGACGUGAGGUGUACGGCGUUCGCGUCGACGUCCGCAAGGACACGUUUGUUUGGGAGCUCUGCAACACGUUCAACCUCUUCAAGUCGGCUUCGUUUGAGAACAACAUCUACAGUGAAGCCGGCGGCAGCGCCCUGUCGAGGCUUUGGAAAGAUCGUAUGAAGUUUCUUGCACGCGUCUGGGAUGCAGCCGGCAGGCCUGCGAACAAGUUUCCUUCAGAGGAGCUGCAGUCGUACGAACCUCCUGAGGAGCUGAAAGCCUCAUUAGCUGCUAUGCAGGGGAGGUCUUUGAAAAGAGCGACUGCCAUCAAAGCUCUGCAGCCGUCCACAGCGAAACAAGCCGUGGCCUCUCUUGCGGCUGCCAUGUUGCAGACGCCCGAAAAGCCUAAGUCAGCUCUCGACAGCUCGUGGAACGAGCUGUCGGGCAAGAAGCCUGCGAGAAACAAGAGAAAACCCGGUGUCGAUGAGCAAGUGCGGAAGAGCCUCAGCGACAACUUCAAAUCACUGGGGCCCAAAGAAACCGAUGGCAUCGUAAAGGACGGCCUUACCUUGCGGGCACGCCUUCGUCUCGACAAAGAGCGUGCGCAGAAAGACCCGAAAGCAGUGCAGUUUGGUCGGAAGUACUACGACUCUCUGAGGGAGUUGUACACAGACGCUGACAAAGCGGAGAAGUGUCUGAAACCGGACAGCACGCUCACUGCCAGGCCUGAGCUUCUGGAAGCGGCGACGGCGGCUAUGAAGCAUCCGCCGAACCGCUCGCUCAUGCUGUGCUUUCUACAGACGGCUAAGGAUCUCAAUCAAACCGAGGUGGUUGGCAUAUUCCGGUGGUUCAUGAAGUUGCACCCGGCAUCAAGUGCGGAUCAGUUGGAGGCUUGUAAGAGCGUGCUGGAGCUAGUGGCGCGCUUGAAGCUCACCAGCAAGUUCGCAAAGGAGUGCAAGCUAGUGCAGGAGAAGUUCGACGAAGUCCUUCUUCAGGUUUUUCUGCGCGGCAGUCGUGUAGGUCUGGGUCCUGAAGCAUUCUUCAGCGCGCACGAGAAUCUCUGGCCUCUUGUCUUACCGACAGCGGCCGUUCAGAAGAUCCGUGCUUGCCCCGAGGGCACAUCUUGGUCCACAGUGUCGAAGGAGCUCAACCUCAUCAUCUCCUCCUCCUUGCUGGGGGAAAGGCUUCUUGGCUUUGCAGGGAAGCUGGUGGCCCAGGAGCAGAUCACCGAAGUGAUCCAACGCCAUGCGGAGCAGCUGUUGACAAUGGACAAGAUUGAUGAGCAUGUGCUGGCUACUGCGAAGGUAGCCGCCAUGAAAGACAUCAUGGAAGUGCCAACCGCAAAGCUUUCCCUGGAGCAAAAGCGGCAGGUGAGCUUUGAGUAUCGUGGUUGGAAAGUGGUCACAGAGGCCGGCAGCACAGCGCAGCAACUCGACCACGCAAUGCAGGCUGCGCUGCGUGGCUACGCUUCGGCUACAGGGGAGCUUCCGCUGCUGCCUGCAGAAAGAUUCCUGUGCCCAAGUUCCAAGAAGGUGCGGCAGUCCAAGAUUCAGGGAAGCCUGCUGGGGCCGGCCAUCCAAGCGAGAAAGAUGGUGAACACCUUGCUCGGCACGGAAUGUGUCGGCGAAAGCUUGAAGGAGGCCCUGAAGACCCACGAGGACAAGCUCUUGGGCUUUGACAAGUACUUUUUCAUCGACAUGGCGUUCUUGAGCCACGUUUCCAGUGAAGAGGCCCAGAAGCGUCUCGAGAGCAUGUUGUUGGACGAGUGCAUGCCUUUGGAGACGGCUUUGCACAACAUCGGCAAGGCCAUCCGCUGCAGCAAGCAAGUCAUGGAAUCAGAGCUGUUCAACUUCGCAUGUGCCGGAGCUCAGGGUUCCAUCAAGGCCGCAGACCAAAUGCUGCACCUCAUCGAGCAAGGCAUGCCCGUGUCGGCAAGCCCUGGCCAAACAACCUUUCUCCAGGAUGUUUGCCGUCGAACCCAGUUUUUCGUGGUGUACUGCGGCGGCGAUACGCCGCAGUUCGACGAGGAUGGCCUUUUCGUCAAACCUCAGCACGGCAAGUUCCUGUCCGGCAAGAGUGCUUUGAUGGAGAUGUGGAACGUUGUUUCCAAGAAAAGCCCCGAUGAUAUGAGCCUGCCUGAGCUUGAGCCGUUCAUCACCUUUGGUUCUCUGUUGGAGGAGUCCCAAAGCAAGCAAGCCCGUGAAUGGGCUGAGCUUCUUGUGACUAAGGUGCCGCGAGCCUCCAAGAAACGCAAAGGUCUCAGCGAAAAGGCCACUGCUAAAAGCAAGGCUGCUGCUAAGAGGCCUGAUGCGGAGCAAGCGGCUCAGAGUUUGCUUGCAGCCUAA